CCACACUACAUCAGCCAAUUGAUCGAAGAGAGAAAGAUUUGAAGUAGGAAAACAUGAGUGAAAAAGUAGUAUAUAUCCUUGCUCUCUUCAUUGCCAUCUUCUUGGCCACAUCUAAAGAAGCAGCUUCAAGAGAUGUUUCAACAGAGCCUCACAUUGACACGUCUUUCCAUACCAAUGCCAACCACCAGCAACAGCAGAUUGGGGCGAGCAAAUGUUCAUACACAGUGAGUAUAAAAACAAGUUGUUCCUCAGUCAAGUACACCAGAGAUAAAAUCAGCCUUUCAUUUGGUGAUGCUUACAGCAUUGAGGUGUAUGCACCAAGACUGGAUGAUCCACAGUCUAAGACAUUCGAGAGAUGCUCAAAGGACACAUUCGAGAUAGAGGGACCUUGCAUGUAUGACAUCUGCUAUCUCUAUCUGUACCGGGAUGGAACGGACGGCUGGAAACCUGAGACUGUCACGGUAUCCAGUCCGAAGCACAGGUCUAUUACCUUUAAAUACAACCGAUUUGUGCCCCGCGGAGUGUGGUAUGGUUUUAAUGAGUGUAACAGUGUGUCUACUGUGGCUUGAAAUGAAGGAGAGAACAAAGAGAGCUGAGGACUAGUAUAUUUUCACAAUAAUGAUACCAUGAGCAUGCAUAGUAAUUAGGGAAACUAAGAACGUGAAAACACAUUUGAGUAUGUGUUGUCUUCCUACUGCUAUUAAAGGACAUGCAAUGAUAAAUUUUCACACUUCUUUCUCUGCUACAGUCAUUAUGUAUCCUUAUUUUUAUAGUACGGAGUGUUAAUAAGGAAAUGAGUUUGCAUUUGCACGUCUUAAGGGGGGGAAUAUAUAGUACUGAAUGUGCAAGGGAAUAAUCCAUCCCCACAUGGCCACAUACAAUUCAUUCAUUAAUCAUUUCAAAAUGAACGAAUGACGAGCCAGACUUAAUUUCUCCAGCACACGCGCACCAGCCAUCCACUGCAUUAUAUUUGUGGUUCAAACAAUAUUGGCAUGUUUGGCUGUACACAGAGCACUCUAUAUAUAUCUAGCCAUGCCAAACUUAAUUUCCAUUCAUUCAUCAAAUGUGCUCAUAUAUCCACCGAUAAAGCCAGAUCCGUUGCAGUUGCCGCAUAGAAUCUCCUUCUUACC